AUGGCCCCUCCUCGAAGUGCUUUUCCAGCGGAGGGCACCAGGUUCGGGCUGCACGAUGACAGCUUCGAACUGGGGAUGGAGUUGGGAGGAGGCUCUCAAGGCCGUGUCUACGCUUGCAAGCGACUUGGUACCGGAAACGAAUAUGCCGUGAAGAUUGUGAAUACAAAAGCCAUCGGGCUUCGAGAGCGGACAAUGGCGAGCCUGAGGCGAGAAAUCAGCGUAAUGCGCGAGCUGCAUCAUCCAAGAAUUGUCAACUUGAAAGAGGCUUUCUGGGAAGGAAACUUGUGCUACAUCGUCAUGGACCUUGCGCGAGGCGGCGACUUGCACAGCAAGCUAGAGCCCGCAGUCGGCCUCGGCUCCGAGCAGUCCUCCAGGCACGUCUCCCUGCAGCUUCUGGGGGGCAUCGCCUACAUGCACUCGCACAAGGUCAUUCAUCGCGACCUAAAACCUGAAAACGUCCUGAUCGUUCAUUCCUUCUGCGGGCCGGAGCCACUUCGACCUGAAAUGAAGUGUUCCCUCAUGACAUCCGAGCCAUUCCGCGAAUCUGGAUGUGGGCACUGCUUGGGAGUGCUGAUGCUAUUAUAUGGACUAUUCAAUACGUAUCUCUUCAUAAAAUUUACACCCGUCUACACAGCCACAUCGUGCGGUGAUCAAACUGCAUUGUUGAAGCAGUUCGAGGUCGGGGACUCCAUUCACGUGGGUGUGGAAAUACACGUGCUGUGCUCUAACCCCAACCCAUACGAUGUCAAGAUCUUGAACGACACACCCGGUCAUGUGUACGUUGGCAAAGAUCGAGGUACGAAUGUUGGUGUGCUUACACUUCUGGAAGGCUCAACACUCCCGUCAGAAGGACAAGGAACCAUCAAAGUAUAUAUGGACAGUCGAAUCUCCAAAGACUCCUCUGGAACCUUGGCCGAGCAAUUCCUUGGUAAAGGCGAAAUUCCAAUUUACCUGGAGCUGAAGUUCAAUGUCGGGGUGGAUAUCAGCUUCGGACUGCAGCACUUCGGGACCACAGCUCCAUUUGACAAGAAGUGCGGGAUGAAUAUUGGUGGAAUGUUUGAGCGAUCGCAGAACAAGCUCGGACCGAUGCUUUGCCGCGGCAGCUUCGACGAGUUAGAGGAUCUCCCGCACUUGGGCGAGGCAGUUCCAGGCGAGAUGUCCUUCUCUGCCGCACAGAUGGAUCCAGAUCGGGUGCAAAUGGGCGAGCGACUAAAGAACAUUGGAAUUUUGGGUGUUGGUGGAGUUUGUUAUCUGCUCGGCUUUUUCAUGACCUACACCUGGUUCCAGGAACUCUGGGCCAUGUGUCUGUCUGUUCCAGCUCUGCAGCGGGCCUCCAGCCGAACAGUUUCACGAGAUGGAUUGACGAGUUCGUGCAUGCGCGCAAGAAGUGGUAACUUGCAAGAGCCUGAGCGGCCGGAGCAGAUGCCAUGGCACCGCGGUUUGCUUGGUGGUCUUGGCAAGGACCGACAGAAGCCCAAGCGGAGCCAAUUCGAUGAGCGCUCAAGGCUAAUCAGCUUGCUCUCCUGUGGCAUGAUCAAGUGGACACGUGGAAUGGACGGAGGGCAGCCAACAUUGACCCGUAGCGAGUCCCAAGCCAGUGGAGACCUGCCUGGGCUGCCAAGUUGCACGCGGCUCAUUGCUUGA